GGAAUUUCCUCCUCGCCAGAUUUGGCGCAUGCGCACAUCGUAAAAAGAGUGCGGACUUCGCUGCUCUCCUAAUAUUAAAUUGUUUGAUGGCCACAAAUUGAUAAAUCAUGUCAAAAGCACCAUCUCAGGCCGGUUCUUCCGGUGCCGCGGCUAACCUGGGACCUUCAUCGUCCUCUUCCUGCUCCUCACCUUCGGCAGGCGGCACGACGUCCCCCGCUACACAGCACGCACAGCCCGAGAAACCCCAGCACUACACGUAUCUGAAGGAGUUCAGGACGGAGCAGUGUUCCCUGUUCGUGCAGCACAAGUGCACUCAGCACCGGCCCUUCACCUGCUUCCACUGGCACUUCCUGAACCAAAGACGACGGAGGCCGAUUCGCAGACGAGAUGGAACAUUUAAUUACAGCCCUGAUGUGUACUGUGUUAAAUACGAUGAGGGCAAUGGAUCAUGUCCCGACGGAGAUGAGUGUCCGUUUCUGCACCGGACAGCUGGAGACACAGAGAGGCGCUAUCACCUGCGUUACUAUAAGACAGGUUCCUGUAUCCACGAGACUGAUGGGAAGGGCCACUGCAGUAAGAACGGCCCUCACUGUGCCUUUGCUCACGGCUCCCAUGACCUUCGUAGUCCCGUCUAUGACAUCAGAGAGGCUCAGGUGUUAGAAGCCCAAGCUGCUACUGGAUUGGUUGAGGGCACAUCUGGAGAAGGGCAGUCAGGAGUCGUGGCCAGCACUGCACUCAUAGAAAAGAUCCUCAGUGAAGAUCCACGCUGGCAAGACAGUAGUUUCGUGCUCUCCCAUUACAAGACCGAGCUUUGCAAAAAACCUCCGCGGCUGUGUCGUCAGGGGUAUGCGUGUCCCUACUAUCACAACAGCAAAGACCGCAGACGGAGCCCUCACAAACACAAAUACAGAUCUCUGCCGUGUCCCUCAGUGAAGCACAGUGAUGAGUGGGGGGACCCGAGUAAAUGUGAGAGUGGAGAAAGCUGCCAGUACUGCCACACACGGACAGAACAGCAGUUCCACCCGGAGGUAUAUCACACUCAAUCUAACCCAGCUGGAGUCUGUUCAACAUCAGCAUUUCCUAUCUACAAAUCCACCAAAUGCAAUGACAUGCAGCAGAGUGGCAACUGUCCCAGAGGGCCGUUCUGUGCUUUUGCUCAUUUAGAAAAAGUGACUGUCAGUGAUGAGCAGCUGGCCGCACAAUGCAGUUCACCUCCGCUAGAAACUUCCUUCUCUGCUUCCUUAGAAGACUUCAGCCAGUGUGGGCUGAGUGCCAGCACAGAGGAAGGGCUGCUGGGAAGGGUUCUGUUUGAAAAGUCCUUCAGUCUUGACGCCAGUCCAGGAGGAGAGGGGGGGUAUGGGAAAGCCCCUGGGUUUGAGAGGGAGGACCAGGCCAAACAUAAAAGCGUUUUAAUGGAACAGCGCAGCAGAGACUUUUCAUCCAUGCACAGCAAACAGGAUUUAUUGGUGUUUCUGCCUGUCGGCAGUCCUCGCAGUAUGUCCUCCAGCAUACCCUCCAGUCUGGCAGCCACCCCCCCCAGCCCUGCACCCCCCGGCCCGUCUUCAGGCAUGAAUGCCAACGCUCUUCCCUUCUACCCUACAAGUGACACGGUGGAGUCCGUAGUGGAGUCUGCAUUGGAUGAUUUAGAUCUGAAUGACUUUGGAGUCUCGGCUCUUGAGAAGAGUCUGGAGAGUUCAGCUCGACCCAGCAUGGGUCUCAUGUUGGGAGGCAGUCAGUUACAGAGCUCAGCACCUGUCAACAUCCCGGGAUCCCUCAGUAGCCCCUCCCCUUUCAGAUCGCCCUCACCUUCUCCACCAAUCAGAGCCCACCACUCUCCAUUCCUCUCUGCACAGAUGCCACAACCCAGCCAAUCAGAGAGCAGUUUUUUGGGGACCUCCCAUGGUUCUUUAGGUUUAAAUGGCAUGAGCAGCAGUAUUUGGGAACAUUUUCCGACAGGCCAAAUUUCACCAGGUACCCCUCCUGCCCUACUUUCCACAGGAAGCAUGUACGAGGCGUCACGUCUCAAACAGGAAGUGGAAGAGGCACACAGGGUACUGAAACAUUGGGACCACAGCUGGAGACAGAUGGCUCAGUCAUUGGCGGUCUUAAAAGCAGACGCAGAGGAAUCUCAUCUCUUGGCGGGACAGCUGGGUAUGGAGGCGGAGCGAGCGCGGCAGGCUGAAGUGGAGGCGCAACAGCAAGCUGCUGUCCUGGAGGAGGCCCUAGAGAGCCUACGGCACGCAGAGAACCCACAUCUCCAGCUUCACCAGUUACAGUUACUGCACCGACUGCCACUGAGCUCCAUCUGCAGCCUGCAGGCACAGAUCUGCUCCUGCUUACGCACCGUAGAACAGGCUGUGUUCAGGAAGCAGAGGUUAUAUUGUGUAUCUUGCGAUGAGAUGGGAUCAGUGACGUUACAAUGCCAACAUGGCCUGCACUGCGAACGAUGCGCAGCCUCGACAGAAUGUCCACUGUGCACUGAACACCAGCAGAACAUGAACAUCCCACAGUCAUAAUCCUAAUCUGCUAUCAUCCUCACAGGAUCUCAUUCACAUUUCACUCAAAUUCUCAUUAAAUGUAUCCUAUAAAGCCCAAAGCCUUAUCUUAGCUAAAAGCUUGGAAUUAAUUGAUAAAUACGAUCUGGUUUGAUUCAUAUUAAUGCUAUAGCAUCCAGUCAGUCCUCCUAAACCUCAGUGGGACCAUUUUAUUAAAGAAAAAAAAAAUUACUAGAGACACUGACACGCAUUACCAGUUUGUGAUAUUUUGAUGUUUAUUGUGGGGACAAAACAUCACGGAUACAGUAUAAUAAUAUGGUUAUGUCUCCUUGUAAUCAUAAUUUUCCAUGUCUUUUAAAUGGGAACAGCAAACAUAAAGUAUUCAAAUCUGGUCGAUCACUAAUAAUAAUGCUAACAUGACAACACAUUAAGAGAUUUUUAGGAAAUAUUUAAGUGAAGGUCAUGAUACCAAAUUGCCAUAUUCCCUAUAUGAUUUGAUAUAUAGAAUCAUAGCACGUAUUUAGUAAGACAAUCCUGUUCUUUAAAAAAAAAAAAAAAAAAACGUUUAAAUCGAAAUGUAGAAUGUCCAUCCAGAACAUUCUGAAAUGUUUACAGUAGAAAUGCAGUUUGUGCAUCUUCAGUGCAGCUGAAAUGUUGUUGUUUUUGCCAGACAUGGGGAGAUUUCAUAAUGAGUAUAGUUUAUAGCUAUAUAGGACAUUUACAAUUACAUUUAUAGGAUUUUUAAAGGAGAAAUUCCAGGGAACUGCUACAGCAAGAUGGAAAAUAAAUAUGGUUUUGAAGCUUUUCAUUCUCAGGUUUUUUUUUUUUUUUUUUUUUAAAGAGUCAUGGUAAUCUGGAGUGCAAGAGCAAGGCGGCAAACACUCUUUAUGCAAAUUUUAUAAUGUGCAUAUUUUAUUUAAUGCAUUUAUUGAAUAAUUUGCCUGUUUAUUAAACCAACAGCACGUUCCCAACUGAAGCUUUCUUUCAUGUAGAGCUGUUUUAUACGAACACAUGUGGAGAAGCGGAUAAUUCAUGUGCACAGAUUACCAAACAUGAGAGCAGUCAUAAGCUACGGCUGUCAGGAGAGGGCUUGACUUCAGUGCGUUUCGAUUUAUUUGGAUGAUUUUAAUUGAAUUCAGUUUGAAGGCACAGUUAUAUGGGAUGCUCAACUGAUGACUUCCCUUGAAACAGCUUCACUGUGAAUUCCGCAAUCACCUGCUCAGUUUUGUUCAUAUACAGUGUUUCAGUCUGAUUUUUUUGUAAAAGACAAUAAACAAAUGUAUAUUUUUGGAUGAAAA